GCAAGGACUGUUUACUGUAUACUGUAAUAUUGUAUUAUAGUGCGUCAUCUGUCAGCAUGGCUGCUGUCACUUCAUUCGGUCAGUGCGCCCGGCAGGCCAAGCAUCACUGCCCAUUCAUGUUUUGGGCAAUGUUUUACCUGACUCUUUGUACCUUUGUUGACGGUGAUAGUAUACUGAAGAAUGUCCUCACCAACAGUCACAGAGGUACUGGCCAUGAUACCAAGAACCGAACCCAGCAUUUGACAUCUUCGGUCAGUGGUAAUCGGAAGCGACACGCCCUUAGCCGACAUGAGCACACUAUGUCUGAAUAUGAGAAACGUCAACAACAGCAGAGAUUGAAGUCACAGCAGGAGUUCCUUUCUACACCACAACGAGGAAUAUGGGUGCAUACAUCAAAGAAGGACCUUGAUGGACCCAGCCCCAGUGUUCUGAUCCGUCUUCUCAGGUCAACGAGGUAUCCAGCUGCCCACCAGAGAGCCAAACCUGGCAACAGACUGUCAGCAAGGCGCCGCCGCCGUAGUCUCAGAACUAGCAUUCGUAAACCCUCCCAGAGCAAACCAGACUACAAGGGAAAUUCAUCUGAUCCUGUACAAGAUUGGAAUACAUCACUACCAUUAACAACCCCAUCAUCAGAAUCAUCACCAUCCUCAUCUUUAUCCUCAUUGCAAUCACUACCAUCGUCGAAAAUACUUUCAUCAAAAGAGGUAAUGGACGACCUAACCAAACUUUUUCUGCUGCCUGUCAUCAUACCACCAGAGUUCAUAGUUGUUGUGGGCUCUAACAACCCAGCAUUGAAUCAUAACUACACACUUCUGAAAUCAUUAAGGAACGCAUUCUCACAAAUAUUGAAAAUUCCACGCAGCCACAUUGGAAUUAGCACAGUAGCUCUUCACCGUAAUACAGUUGAGAUGUUCUUCAUCAAGUCCCUCAAUCAACAAAUACCAUUCCAUUUGGGAAACUUCAUUAAAGCCAGCACCAUUUUGGCUACACACAAUCUAUUGUCGAGAUUACAACAGCUUCUACCAAACCUUCGCAUACAGUCACUUGGAACUGAGACAUCUGUGGUAAAAACUUCAAUGACUGAUCCAGUGUGGAUGCAACACUACUUCCCCUACAUAGUCGCCUCCUGUGCUGCAGCUCUUGUCACUAUGUUAGUCACCAUUCUGGUCUACUGCUGUUAUCGACAAAAAGUCAAAAAGGCUGAAUUGAAAAAUCCUACAGUACAAAGAAUAUUCUAUCCAACACUCAAACCUAAUAUGAAAGACGCUAUGAUGGUUCAACCAGAGUCUUCUCCAGUUUAUGUGGUCAAACGUUGUGUUACACCUCUACCUGCUCAAACUCCAGUACAGAUGAGAGCUGAGGGUUUGCUUAAAAGGAGGGGAUCCAGCGCCUCACUAACCUUAGAUUUGAAUCCAUCACCAGAAUUACCUCGAUGGGAAGGAACACCCCCCAAGGAAAGCUCUGGUCUUGAGUUUCUGAUGUCUGCUGGUAACCGGCUGAGUCGCAAAGAUCUUCGUAAUGCAGUCAAGAAUGUUGCAAGUGUGUAUGAAGAAUUUUGGGAUAUCCCUACCAACCACCCUGAAAAAGUCUAUGUAGCAGGGUCAGGAACCAAAAAUCGCUAUAAAACUAUGAUACCAAAUGAACACAGCAGAGUUAUUUUACCAAACUACGAAGGAGAUACUCUUUCAUCUUACAUUAACGCCAACUAUAUUCGGGGUUAUGAAGUUGAAGCUAUGGCAUACAUUGCUACCCAAGGCCCCAUGGCACACACUAUUUUGGACUUCUGGAGAAUGAUAUGGCAUGAAAAGGCUCCAAUUAUUGUGAUGAUUACAAAAUUGAAAGAAAUGAACACUCUAGUUUUCUCUCAGAAAGCAUGUUGUAGCAAGACAUGGCUAGUUUUAACUUCUGGUACCACCUGCAACAGCAAGUCAUAA